GCACGCGUAAUACUUUAAAAUUCGUAACCUAAAAUUUCAAAACGCGGCAUUUGUUGUUUGUUUACUUAUUAGUUAAUUACUACUGAAUAAAUAUUAAUUGUUUAGGAAUAAAUUGUUGAUAGAUUUAGUAAUUCAGUAUAUUUUUUUACAAUGGCAGAUGAAAGUGCUAAAGAGAGUAUGGAAAUAGAUGAAAGUCCUGCGACGAAAAAUACCCAGGAUGUUUCUAAUAAUAAAAAUAAAACAAAAGGAUCACAUUUACCAUGGAUUGAAAAAUAUAGACCGCAGACAUUUGAUGACAUCAUAGGAAAUGAAGAUACAGUUGCAAGAUUAUCAGUAUUUGCAAAGCAUGGAAACGCACCGAAUAUAAUUAUUGCUGGACCACCAGGAGUUGGUAAAACAACGACAAUCCUCUGUCUGGCACGUGCUCUUCUAGGUCCGACACUCAAAGACACCGUGCUGGAGUUGAAUGCAUCAAAUGACCGUGGAAUAGAUGUCGUUAGAAAUAAAAUAAAGAUUUUUGCCCAGAAGAAGGUCAACUUGCCACCAGGAACUCACAAGAUUAUUAUCCUUGAUGAAGCUGACAGCAUGACUGAAGGUGCUCAGCAAGCUCUGAGACGUACCAUGGAGAUAUUCAGUCACACAACUCGUUUUGCUUUGGCUUGUAACACCAGCGAAAAAAUAAUAGAACCGAUUCAGUCGCGUUGCGCCAUGCUGCGUUACGGCAAACUGACUGAUGCGCAAAUCCUGGCCAAAAUUCUUCAAGUUUGCGAGAAAGAAAAUGUAUCAUAUACGAAUGAUGGAUUGGAAGCGAUUGUCUUCACAGCACAAGGAGACAUGAGACAGGCAUUGAAUAAUUUGCAGUCAACUUUCAAUGGUUUUGGUCACGUCAACAGCGAGAAUGUCUUCAAGGUUUGUGAUGAACCUCAUCCGCUGGUAAUCAAAGAGAUGCUGGAGUUCUGUACCCAAGGAAAAAUUUCAAAAGCUUACGAAGUUCUCAACGGCCUGUGGAAACUCGGUUACUCAGCAGAGGAUCUUAUCAGUAAUAUUUUUCGCGUUUGUAAAAAUUUGCCAGUAGAUGAAACAUUAAAACUAGACUUCAUAAAGGAAAUCGGGGUCACACAUCUGAGCAUCCUAGACGGAAUCAGCAGCCUGCUCCAGCUAAAUAGUCUCCUGGCACGGCUCUGUCGACGAUCAUUGCAAAAAUAAUCAUGCGCAUUCCACUACGUUCAAAUAUAAACAUCAAUUGCUGUAUAAAAUAAUAAAUAUAUACAGUGUUUUUUUUUAUAUAAUUUUGAAAAUAAAAAUAUUUAUUAAA